AUGAGGAUAAUAUGUAUAUUAAUAUUUGUCGACAUAAUUUCCUGUUUUAACCCUAAUUCCGUAGAUUAUAAAGUGGUCAAAUUUAGAGUUUAUUCUAAGAACCCAGAUUAUGACAGGAAACUACGAGAACAGAGAAGAUCAAAGAGGCUUAAACACGCAUUGCCUUUGGAAGACAUGAAACUUGAUAUGAUGAAUCAAAGUUUGAUCUCAGGUGCCAAACGAAUGCAAAAAAGGAUCUUCGGUCCAAGGCUAUCUCAAGUCCCUGGAGAUGGUGGCGAAAUCCCGGACCUCGCAAAAUCCACAGAUAAAUAUAACCAUGUCAAAGAGUAUUAUUCUUCUUAUUCCACUACGUAUUUUAAGAAAAAUGCUCUUACUAAUAGUACUGAGGGUACUACGGGUUCUACUACCAAUACUACUGAUAGUACUUCCACCAAUAAUACUAAUUCUACCACCAAUAAUAAUAAUACUAUGGAUAAUUAUGGUGAAUUUUUUAAUGAUGAGGAGAAAACUAUAAAGAAGAUAUUGAAAGAUCCAAACGCGACAUUUGGUGAGUUUGAGGGUCAGAAACCAGCUAUAGAAAAACCAUUUUAUAAGAAGUUUGAAGGAUUCCAGCCAGAAUCGAAAUAUAAGAUUGCGACCAUGAAAAGAACUUUAGCUGCCUACAAGCAAGAUUUUGAAGAGGAAUUCGAGGGUACUCAGAACUAUUGCGGACUGAGAUACGAGGCAGUAUUCAGCCACGCUUCUCCUGAGAAUGUGGAAAUGCUCCGGCAAAUGGAAAUUGAAGUCAAGCAAGGCGGGCUUAGCCCUAAUAAUCCAAUUUUAGAAGUGGAUGUCAAUGUGGAUGAUCAAAUCGACGAUUAA